GCCAGGGGUGGAGCCGGGCCGGCGACCCGGCCCGCGGAGCCCGCGCCAGCGGGCUGCUGAGGUGGCUGUCGCCGGCUCGUAGCUGCGGCUUCCGCGGGUCGAGCCCCCGAUGGAGGCCGAGGCCGCGGACGGCCCGCCAGGCAGGGUCGAGGCGGCGAUCAGCUGCUUCUCUUUCAACCAGGACUGCACAUCCCUAGCAAUUGGAACCAAAACUGGUUAUAAGCUGUUUUCUUUGAGUUCUGUGGAGCACCUAGACCAAGUCCACGGAAGCAAUGAAGUCCCCGAGGUCUACAUCGUGGAGCGCCUUUUCUCCAGCAGCCUGGUGGUGGUGGUCAGCCGCACAAAGCCGCGGCAAAUGAAUGUCUACCACUUCAAGAAGGGCACGGAGAUCUGCAACUACAGCUACUCCAGCAACAUUCUGUCCAUAAGGCUGAACCGGCAGAGGCUGCUGGUGUGCCUGGAGGAGUCCAUUUACAUUCACAACAUUAAAGACAUGAAGCUGUUGAAGACCAUCCUGGAGAUUCCCGCAAACCCAGCAGGUCUGUGCGCCCUCUCUAUCAACCAUUCCAAUUCUUACGUGGCCUAUCCUGGAAGCCUGACUACAGGCGAGAUAGUGCUUUAUGACGGACACUCCCUGAAAACAGUCUGCACUGUUGCUGCCCAUGAGGGCACACUGGCUGCUAUCACCUUCAACGCCUCGGGCUCCAAACUGGCGAGCGCUUCUGAAAAAGGCACCGUCAUCCGGGUGUUCUCUGUACCUGAUGGGCAGAAGCUCUAUGAGUUUCGGAGGGGAAUGAAAAGGUACGUGACCAUCAGCUCUCUAGUUUUUAGUAUGGACUCACAGUUCCUCUGCGCGUCUAGCAACACCGAGACCGUGCACAUCUUCAAGCUGGAACACCUCAGCACCAGUCGGCCAGAAGAGCCUUCAACCUGGAGUGGCUACAUGGGAAAGAUGUUCAUGGCAGCUUCCAACUACCUCCCCGCCCAGGUGUCAGACAUGAUCAACCAGGACAGGGCCUUCGCCACCGGGCGUUUGAAUUUCUCUGGGCAGAGAAACAUCUGCACCCUCUCAACGAUCCAGAAAUUGCCAAGGCUGUUAGUUGCAUCAUCCGACGGACACCUUUACAUCUACAACUUGGACCCUCAGGACGGAGGGGAAUGUGUCUUAAUCAAGACCCACAGCUUGCUUAGCUCAGGAACAACAGAUGAGAAUAAAGAAAAUGACCUCAGGCCUUCAUUACCUCAGUCUUACGCAGCAACCGUAGCCAGACCCGGCCCAUCUUCAGCCUCCACGGUGCCAGGUUAUUCUGAGGACGGCGGGGCGCUCCGAGGAGAGGUCAUUCCCGAACACGAGUUUGCGACGGGACCAGUGUGUCUGGAUGAUGAGAAUGAAUUCCCCCCUAUAAUCUUGUGCCGUGGAAGUCAGAAGGGCAAAACGAAGCAGUCCUGAUGAGAAGCGCACCUCAGAAAUCAGGACACCCCCUAUCAGGUGGUUUUGGAGAGAACAAGGAAGGUGGAAGAAUGGAGUGCGAUUGUGUCUGCGGAAAGUGGGGCAGGACCCCCGGGUGCUGCCUGCUUAAGCCACAGGACAUGGUUCACUGCUCAGCGAGCUCUCAGCCCUGGCCACCAGUGGGUAUGGGAGGCACUGUCCACCUCCUGCUAUUUACAGCCUGUCACAGCCAUAGUGUCAAUACUAACUAACCAUAUUGGUCUAUAACCGGAAUUUUAUAUUAAAAAGGGCAUCCUUUUUAAAUGUAUGCUGUGUAAAAAUGUACUUAUAGGAAAACUUCUUUGAAUUGUAUUUCUUGUAUAUUACAUACAUCUAGAGAGAGACUAUUUUAAGCCAGGCAAAGUAUUUUUGCUGUGAUUGGAAUAAAUCAUUUAUUACCUUUGAGUCCCAGUUAGGACACUAAUAAUAAAAUCAUAGCAAUGCA